CGUGGCCUGUGGCCCUGCUGGCAGCCGUGCCGAGAUGAACCCCAGCGCCCCCAGCUAUCCCAUGGCCUCGCUCUAUGUGGGCGACCUACACCCCGACGUGACAGAGGCGAUGCUCUACGAGAAGUUCAGCCCGGCCGGGCCCAUCCUCUCCAUCCGGGUCUGCAGGGACAUGAUCACCCGCCGCUCCUUGGGCUACGCGUAUGUGAACUUCCAGCAGCCGGCGGACGCGGAGCGUGCUUUGGACACCAUGAAUUUUGAUGUUAUAAAGGGCAAGCCAGUACGCAUAAUGUGGUCUCAGCGUGAUCCAUCGCUUCGUAAAAGUGGAGUGGGCAACAUAUUCAUUAAAAAUUUGGACAAAUCCAUUGAUAAUAAAGCACUGUAUGAUACAUUUUCCGCAUUUGGCAAUAUCCUCUCAUGUAAGGUGGUUUGUGAUGAAAAUGGUUCCAAGGGCUAUGGAUUUGUGCAUUUUGAGACACAGGAAGCAGCUGAAAGAGCUAUUGAAAAAAUGAACGGGAUGCUUCUAAAUGAUCGCAAAGUAUUUGUUGGACGUUUUAAGUCUCGCAAAGAACGAGAAGCAGAACUCGGAGCUAGGGCUAAAGAGUUUACCAAUGUUUACAUCAAGAAUUUUGGAGAGGACAUGGAUGAUGAGCGCCUUAAGGAUCUCUUUGGCAAGUUUGGACCUGCCUUAAGUGUGAAAGUAAUGACUGAUGAAAGUGGGAAGUCCAAAGGCUUUGGGUUUGUGAGCUUCGAGAGGCAUGAAGAUGCACAGAAAGCUGUUGAUGAGAUGAAUGGAAAGGAGCUCAAUGGAAAACAAAUUUAUGUUGGUCGAGCUCAGAAAAAAGUGGAACGACAGACAGAACUUAAGCGCAAAUUUGAGCAGAUGAAGCAAGAUAGGAUCACCAGAUACCAGGGUGUUAACUUAUAUGUGAAAAAUCUUGAUGAUGGCAUUGAUGACGAACGUCUUCGCAAAGAGUUUUCUCCAUUUGGAACAAUCACUAGCGCAAAGGUUAUGAUGGAGGGUGGUCGUAGCAAAGGAUUUGGUUUUGUAUGUUUCUCCUCCCCUGAAGAAGCCACUAAAGCAGUUACAGAAAUGAAUGGUAGAAUUGUGGCCACGAAACCAUUAUAUGUAGCUUUAGCUCAGCGCAAAGAAGAGCGCCAGGCUCACCUCACUAACCAGUACAUGCAGAGAAUGGCGAGUGUCCGAGCUGUGCCCAACCCCGUGAUCAACCCCUACCAGCCAGCACCUCCUUCAGGUUACUUCAUGGCAGCUAUUCCACAGACUCAGAACCGUGCUGCGUACUACCCUCCCAGCCAAAUUGCUCAAUUAAGACCAAGUCCUCGCUGGACUGCUCAGGGUGCCAGACCUCAUCCAUUCCAAAAUAUGCCCGGUGCUAUCCGCCCAGCUGCUCCUAGACCACCAUUUAGUACCAUGAGACCAGCUUCUUCACAAGUUCCACGAGUCAUGUCAACACAGCGUGUUGCUAACACAUCAACACAGACCAUGGGUCCCCGUCCUGCUGCUGCUGCUGCAGCAGCUACUCCUGCUGUCCGCACUGUGCCGCAGUAUAAAUAUGCUGCGGGAGUUCGCAAUCCUCAGCAACACCUAAAUGCACAACCACAAGUCACCAUGCAGCAGUCUGCUGUUCAUGUACAAGGUCAAGAGCCUUUGACUGCUUCCAUGUUGGCAUCUGCCCCUCCUCAAGAGCAAAAGCAGAUGUUGGGUGAAAGGCUGUUUCCUCUUAUUCAAGCCAUGCACCCUACAUUGGCUGGUAAAAUCACUGGCAUGUUACUGGAGAUUGAUAAUUCAGAACUUCUUCAUAUGCUUGAGUCUCCAGAGUCUCUUCGUUCUAAGGUUGAUGAAGCUGUAGCUGUACUACAAGCCCACCAAGCUAAAGAGGCUGCCCAGAAAGCAGUUAACAGUGCCACUGGUGUUCCAACUGUUUAA